UGUACCAGAUGAUAAUGGGAAAAGUGAGAUGCAGAGAAUGCGUAUUGGGCAUAAUGCCAAGCAAGCUGUUCUUUGCAUUCUUGGGAGGGUCGCUGCAACCCGUGACUGCCGGACUGGUGGACUGGUACCACCAGGGUGCUGUGCCAAGGGGGAGACGUAUCUUGCACCCACGCCACUUCCACCGGUACAAACUGCGCAAGACUGGUAACAAAAUUGGCAUGCAAAAGGGUCGAUCUGAUCCAGUCACAGGAGCUCGGGGAAACCGUGACCUUCGACUGGGACAUUUGACGCGAAUGAAGUCAGCAAAAAUAUCAAGAACGCCCAAGGGUCGCACGAAAUGACCCAUGUGCUGUCAUCCAUUCCGUCCCGCAGACUGGCCACUUCGUAUAUUUGGGAAAGGUAGCAGCAAGUAGGACAGGUGGGCCAGCUUGGGGAUACAUACAUACAUGUACUGCCCUGGGAUUGCCUGGAAAGCUGGAAAGGGCGAUUGCAGCAAUGUACCGGUAGCAGGCAAUCCGAUAGACAGCCCUCGUUCCGCUUUCCGAGCAACAGCAAUCAAGCGGGAAACAAACUCUAGCAGCUGCUCUAGCUACAAUCGUACAGCUGUCGUCAUCCGAGAAAUCCUGCCAGUUGACAGAGCUUGUUGAAUGGGCCUUGCUUCAUUACGAACAAGUCGAUUCGAUUCAUUCGUAGCACGAUUGAUAGCUACCCUGGUCAGAUUCGAUUGUUUCAAUUAGUUACGCAAGCUAAACCUGCUAGCUAGCUAGCUAGGAGCUCAGCCACUGCCUCGGAGGAUUGAGGACCCGCCCCAAUCAGGUCACAGCUCUGAUGAUUCUCCAUCUCUCCAUCAGAGAAAAGACCAUCGCAUGCACGCCAAUGGCUACCCGUACAACGCGGCUAGCUAGCCAGCCAGAUUCUUGCUUGACCAUUCUAGCAUUGGCCAUGGCUUUCAGCUUUUAUGACAGCCAAAACAAGUCGGGGGCGGCAACUCUUUCGCUUCAGCUUUUUCUUAUCUUGAGUUCGUACAGUACUCGUGACUUAAAAUGUACAUACCAGUACCGGUGUGACGUCAGCCUCAUUUUUCUGGUACUGUGGUGCGGUACAUGUACAAAUGCAUGUAGCGGAGCGGAACCUGUUCUGGUUGCGCACAGUGUAUACGGAGAGAGCACAAUAAGCAUUUGAGAGCAUUGACAAUGCGCAGCCGUGUUACCCCUCAAGUCGGUUUGUUAGUGGAGAUCUGCAAGAAGGAUCUUUGUCGUGGCUCUCGCCGUUGGCUCCAUCGAAAUGCACUCCUUCCAAGCAGACACCUUCGAAGAAAUGCUGUGCGUCCGCUGUCAUCGGCACAAGGUAGACCAACCAAUCCAGUAGUAGGAGACAGUGGAGACCAAGAUAAUGAUAUGAGUGCUGAUCUACGACCCAUCACGUCGUUUGUCAAGAAGCAAAUGGAGCAAGGAAAGCUACGGCAGGACAGAGAGCAGUUGGAUUUGGCACGAAAACUGGAUGACUUGCGCACUGCCGUGGCCAAAACGGAUAGUCGAGUGAUCCCAGAUCAUCAGCUGGUUGUGGACAUGUUUUGGGAUGCUAAACCCAAAGGGUUGCUUGCAAGAGCUCAGAAGCUGAUUCAGAGCCAGAUUUGGUUUUCGCGGACGAGAGAAUCGCCCAAAGGUGUCUAUAUCCAUGGCUCUGUCGGCGUUGGAAAAUCAUUCUUGAUGGAUCUAUUGGCCAGUGAGCUGUUGCGCGACAACCAUGAAAAGAGAACUUGUUGUCAACGACGAAAGAUCCGUAGAUCACAUUUCCACGAGUUCAUGUUGGAUGUCCAUGAUCGCAUUCACAAACACAAACAAAUUCGACCCAAGGAAGAUCCUCUGCCCUCUGUGGCCCUGUCGUUGGCUAAAGAAGCCAGGAUAUUGUGUUUGGAUGAAUUUCAAGUCACGGAUAUUGCCGAUGCUAUGAUUCUCCAAAGACUCUUUGGAAUGCUGUGGAUGGAGAGCAACAACUGGAAUUUCUUUGAAAGAAGAGAUAUCGGCAUGGUGGUCGUCGCCACCUCCAACCGGGCUCCUGAAGCUCUCUACGAGGGUGGAUUGAACCGUGCUCUCUUUCUGCCGUUUAUUGAAACUCUCAAACGGCACAUGGAUGUGGUGGAAAUGCACGGCAGCAACGAUUAUCGACGCGACAACAAUAAUCACCAAUCGAAUGAUACUCAACAAUCAUUCUUUUGGCCCGCUACAAGCUCGGAGACUCGUCAAGCACUGCAAGAUGUCUUUGCUGCCGCCGCAGACAGUCACGAUGGAAUAGUACGAGUACACGAUGAAGACAUCACCCUGCCCGUUCGAAUGGGUCGUCACGUUCGCGUCCCCAAAUCCAACAAUGCCUGUGCCUGGUUUGACUUUGAGGAUUUGUGCGGGGCGCCCUUGGGUGCGGCGGACUAUUUGGCCAUUUGUGAACGAUUCCCCGUCUUGAUUGUGGACCACGUACCGCAACUCAAUGCGUCUCGAUUCAACGAGGCCCGUCGGUUCGUAACUUUAGUCGAUGCAAUUUACGAAAGCAGGACUCGGCUGAUCCUGGCUGCCCAAGUUCCUUUGGAGGAUCUCUUGUUGCACUUUGAUGCCACGGUGGAAUCCAACGAUGGAGACGAAGAAAUUGCCGUGGCGGGGGUUGGUCAAAACGCAACCUCGACGGUGGAGGAGGAGCAAAUAAUGUUUGUCAAGGGACAAGGUGGCAGCUCCAGCUCCGCGUCGACGACUUAUUUGAGAAGCAAAGAAGGAGAAAUGGUGGAAUGGUCCGCUACUGGAAGGAUUGGAGUGUCGCUGGCACAACUCUCCGCGGUCAGGGAUGUUUCAUUUUCGUUCCUUCGAGCCGAAAGCAGACUCGUUGAGAUGAACAAUGGGAGAUGGGGAAGAUCCUAUUGAGUCAUCAGCGCCUUCGCUUUCCUUUCAUCCUGGAGGGUGUGAAAGGAAUCGAAUCGAAUAAUCCUUGUCAUAGUAGAAAGAGUUUUGGACAAGAAUGUACCGGUACCGCACGGAGCGGCCUGUGUAUCGGUAGAUUCAGAUCGUAGCUCGUGAUCCUCGUGAUGUCCAUUGUGGAGAUUCGGUA